AUGAAGAUAAUUGAUGAAAUUAGAAAUUAUAAAUGUUUUAUAGCAUGUAACAAUUUCAAGUAUGUGAGUAAAAUACUUGAAUACUUUGAGAAACUUUACAAGAGUAAUAUUAUCCAAUACCGUAUAAUCAUAAAUAAGCUUAAAAAGACUUUAACUGAUUUGAGUUGUAAAAGAGGAUUUAUUCUGGGUAUUUUAGAUUAUCAGAGAGAGUCAAAUGAGUACAUGAGGGAGGAAGUUGUAAGGGUAGAGGGAAAAAAUAACAAGAUAAUACAAGAAAUAACAAGAGAAAUAAAUAUAAAUAGGAAUUAUGAAGAAAAAAUUACAAUAUACAAGAAAGAAAAGGAUAAUAUUAUAAACCAAAUCAUAAGAAUUGAGUCUAGAAUAGAAUUUAAUAAAAAUCAAAUAUUAUACAUGAAUUUCAUUGUACAUACAUUUGAAAAUAAGGUUAAUAACAUAAAUCCAUUAGUUUAA